UUUCAGAUAAUUAUGGUAAUGGUCUUGGUCUUUUCUGAUACUCCCAAUGUACGCUGUACAUGUACAGUACACACUACAGUAGAAAGGCCAAGAAGCCAAAAAAAGAAAAAACCAAAAAGAGGAAUAAGUUAGGCAGGAGAGAAAGACAGCGAUGCCAGGCUAAAUAUCCUAACCCCAAGAUCGAAAAUGGGACUCUUGCCCAUUUUGGGUCUCCGUUUUAACAGAUUUCAACUGCUAUAGAAAAACAGAGAAAAACCCACUUUCCAGCUCCAUUUCAGGUGCUUUGUUACUUCUCUGUAUGCCCUUUUAAGGGGCAUUACUUCUGGUGAUUAAGUUUCACAUUUGGGAUUUGAUAUGUUCCUGUAACUAAAGGAUUGUCCUCACAUCACUUUCUGUAUCAAUGGGCAUACAGAAGAUUUGCCAUCGGAGUUCAAGUUCUGAUAAAGUUUCCUGCUCCUUCAGUGGUGAAGUCAAGCAGAUGAGAGAAAACCCAGUUUUGGGUGCAGACUCAGGGAAUGAUUCAGAUGAUUGUGAACUUGCUGAAUUGAACUGUGAGCUUGGUAUGGUGGAAGGUCAGCGUUGCAGCAUACCAUAUGAGCUCUAUGAUCUUCCAGAUUUGAGGGAAAUAUUAUCUCUAGACACAUGGAAUUUGUGUUUAACAGAGGAAGAAAGGUUCAACCUGUCAGCUUACCUUCCAGAUAUGGACCACGAGACAUUUUGCCUGACUAUGAAGGAGCUUUUUGAUGGUACUGAACUAUAUUUUGGGAAUCCGCUAGAUAAAUUUUUGAAAAGAUUGAAAGCUGGAUUCUACCCUCCAAAGGUGGCUUGCUUCAGAGAAGGUUUGCAGUUUCUACAAAGGAAGCAGCAUUAUCAUUCUCUGAGAGCUUACCAUGACAGGAUGAUACAAACGUUAAUAAACAUGAGAAUGUUAUGGGAUCAGUAUGGAAUGAGUCCUGGAAUUGAGGAAAAGAUUUCUAUGUGGAAAAACAGGAGAAAACAAAAGAGCGUCAAUGUGCUUGAUCUUAAUGAAUCUCCCAAGGAUGAUCAUCUAUUAAAUGAGGUGGACAACUUGGAAACAAAGGUGAUGAAGCUAGUGGAAACCGAGGGUUCAGCAAAAGAAAGACCACCCUUUCUGUGUACCAACAGGACAAAAAUUGUAGCUCCAUACUGCAGACCAAAGGGAGUUUUAAAGAUGAAGGCAUCUGGAAAAGAUUCAUUCCGUAAUCACAAUUCAAAGAUGGUUGUGGCUGACUCCUCGGGACAACGUCGAUCAUUGCCCAGGGGAGUGUUGAAAAUAGUACCUAAAGCUCCUUCACUUCACCUGGAACAAUCAGACAUUGUGCCAAGAGGAGUGCAAUCAAACUUUCCAGCCAGGACUCAUGGCAUACGGGAUUUUAAAUUUUCUCCUUUGCCAGCAUCUGUAUGCUUUCAGAAUGCAGGUAGCCUGCAUGAAUAUCCGUUUCUAAGGAAAAAGGUUGAUGGUGACAGAGUUCAUUCAACUCUGGACCAACCUCAGUUUCUAAUAGAUCCGCAGGAAAUUGUUAGAGUAACCCAAAAUCUCCCUGAAAGCUCUACAAGAAAUGUGAAACCAGAAUCGCUUCCAACUUUAGAUGAAAAUUCUGUUGUGGUAAAACACAAAUUAUUUGGAGUUGAUAUGGGAAGGUUUCCGAAUAAGGAAUGCAAGUCAUCCUUGGAUACAGGGGGUGCAAGGCCACAUACCUUUGGUGGUGAAAAUCUGGGGGCAAAUGUGGACAGAGAAUCUAAUGGCUCUUUCCUGAAAUCCUUGGAAUCAUUCCCAUUUCGUAUCCAAUAUCAAGGAGGGGAGCAGUGCAUGGCACCAUUAAAAGAAGAGCAUCUCACAAUCUAUCCAAGAAUUCCAGAAGUGGUUCCUGCAAUUUCAGAUGUUGGCAAUGAUAAGCAAGAAACGUUAAUGGAUUCUUCUUCACACCAAAAGAAUGGUGAGAAUGAUGUCAGUGUCAGAAAAUCAGGGAAGCUAUCGAGUAAAUCCAGUGUCUCAGUGGCAUUUAAGGAUCAAAAGUUACUGCCUUUGACGUACAAGCGAAGGAAAGUUCUAGCUAAGGCCAACUCAUUAAACUUUGGUAAGUCACUAACAGCAGAUGCUAAUCUGAAGUCUGCAAUUACAAAAGAAUCAGAUCAAGAUUUUAGGGAGGGUGUGAAAACUGUGAAGAUAAAAUUAAUGGGAUUGAAAGAUAUGCCCUUGAACAGGGAACCUUGAACAAUACUAAAUGUAGUAGGUACUUUUUAGUACCAAUUUUCUGUGGUUUUCACAAAAUUACUCUCUAGUGUAUGCUUUUCAAGAUGUGUAAAUCGAAGUAUAGUGAUAAAAAAAAGGUUCCUAUCUUCAUGAUAA